AGCAGCAGCAGCAGAAGAAGAAGUCAGUUGGUACUGAAGUACUUCUGAAUUAUUGCUAGCAGCCAGUAGCACCAGUCACCGUACUUGUAUGUUUCUGUGACGUCUCGUGUUACUUUUUCUGGCCGUUAACGGGAACUCACAGUCUUUGUCGUCGUUGGUGUGAUGGAACUGGACAAAAUGGACGAGAACGACUGGAAGUAUCACGGAGAGGGAAACAAGAGCCUGGUGGUCUCACACGUACAGCUUUCCAGAGUUCUACGCCUGCUCAAGUAUCCGGCCGAGGACUCAGAAAACCCACCGCAGACAGUGGAGCAGGCCUUCAGGCAGAUCCAGAACAUUGUUGAUUUUAGCUCCAACGUGAUGAGCAGCUUGCUGGGAGACAAGUUCAUCCACAGCGGGGAAGUGGUCAAACUGCCGCUAGAGUUUGUGCGACAGCUGUCAAUCAAAGUUCAACAUCAAAGACCAGCCUGGCGCUGUGACAAGGUGAUGGACAUCUACAGCGGCUGUGCUCUCUGUCUGCCCAACCUGACAUCUCCAGUCCUCCACCAGCCAACACACACUCCUCCACUCUGCAUUGAGAUCAAGCCUAAAUGUGGAUUCCUGCCGUCCUCCAAACAUGUCAGCAAAGACAUCAAGACCAAAGUGUGCCGCUUCUGCAUGCACCAGCACUACAAGGUGGCCAAUGGGAAGUGGAAGAGACCGAGUCUGUACUGUCCUCUAGACUUGUUCUCAGGUAACAGACAGAGAAUGCACUUUGCCAUCAGACACCUGAUAGAAGAACCUCAGAACAACUUCAAAAUCUUCAAGGGCGGUCAGUGCAUCUACAGCAGUAAGGAGGUGAGUGACGACUCAAUGGACCUGAACUGUCUGCUGCAUCACCUCAGACCGUACUUCCUGUAUGGAAACAACCGGAUCAACAGUCACACGACCAGCAAAGCUGUCCUGAACGACUUCAUCACGGUCCUGGUGAACGCUCUGCUGAGUGGAGGAGGAGAUGGAGAGGUGGUGACGGACUCACAAGGAGAAGGACGGAGCUUCUGUGAAGCGAGUCUGUUCAACAAGGAGAGGAUUCGCCCCGGCUCUCAGGGUUUACCCAGCGACAGCGUUUUGUUCAGGAUCCGUCAGACUCAGAUGUUGGACACGCUGGACGUCGAGGGACUCUACCCUCUGUACCGCCGGGUGGAGCAACACCUGCAGGACUUCCCCAAAGAGAGGGGCACCGUCUGGUCUCCGGCUUCACUUCCUGUCUGUGUCAGGACCCGUCUUCAGAUGGAGGGGCCGUACAACGAGGCCUUCCUGGAGAAGCUGCAGAAAUGUCCGACUGAGGACGACGGCUCGGUGGAGUACGCCGUCGCAAAGGUGCAUCAGUACCGCGUGGCCAUGACGGCCAAGGACUGCUCCAUCAUGGUCGCUCUGGUGCCCGGCAGUGAGGAAGAGGAGGAUGAUGAAGGUAUCCCCACUCAGAGGCGGCUCAGGGACUUCCUCUCCUCCAGACUGCCGGCUCUCUCUUACUCGGUCUCCAUCUUGGAUCUGGACCCAAAGCCGUUCGACAGCAUCCCCAGCCAGCUGCGCCUGGACCAGAAGAUCGUCUCCUGCUACCUGAGGACCGGCGGUGCCUUGCCAAAGGGCUCUCUGCCGCCACACUCCGGCAUCUUCACGGCUGCAGAGAGAGAGGACUGCACGCUGCUCUUCCACCCCAUGUGAACUCCCCUGAUGACUGACUGACUAACGGACGCCACGCUGAUGACUGAAACAGAGACGCCGUGUUGAUGCAGAGGUCUAAAAGUCACGUCAGACCAGAGCCGUUUAUACACGACCGUACUGCAGCACUUUGUCUUCACUUGUCUCAGCAAGUCACCACUAACUCAACGGACGUUGAAGCAACUUCCAGAUAUUUCUGUUACUGAUUCUAGACUCUCGUCAACUUGCCGCUCCCAUCGGGAGGAGAAUCCCAGCAUCGCUGUGUUCUGUCACGACUCUUAUUUAUUAGAAAGGUUACGGGGAGAUUUGGUCUUCAGACUGACGGAGCUCUGAGAAGACGGAAGAAAAAAGAGGAGAACGAAAAGCAGGUCGUUGGGCGUCAACGUACGUAAGAUGUCAUUUACUGAAUGUAGGCGGGGCCUCUGGUGGAGGGAGGCGGAGCCAUUGUGUAUGUCCAGAUUGAACUCGCAGCAGAUCUGGAUGAGAGGAUUCAGGUCUCUGCUGGACUCCACGGGAGGUUGAAUUAUUGAAGAGAGAGAGCCAAAUAACAGCGAGAGACGCUUGACCUCCAGCUUUCGUUUUGACUCCUGUUCAGUUGUUGGCGUCGUUAACAUCUUUUUCUCAUCAGGCAUUUUCUGUCGAGAUGUUAAAGGUCAAAUGUUGGAGACUUUAUUUUUAUUUUUAGGGAGGAGAGUUGAGUAUCGUUAAAAGGUAAGUUCACCCGAAUAAUAAAAAAUGCCUUGCCUCUUCCCUCCAGUGAAAUCUAUCCAGUUAUGCUUUUAUGAGUCUAGAUUUUGAGUAUAAACCUUUGAUUCUCACAGCAUUGAAAAAUGACAUUUUAUAAAUAACUUGCCACGAAAGAGUAAUAAUAAUCUUCAAGAGACAACGGUGACGUGUUUUAAUUGAAACUAUUCAUUUGGAAUAAUAUAAAUUCUUAAAAUGUCCUUUUCUUUGCCAACAGAAACUAAAUUCGUGGCUGAAAUCUCAAAAUCUGGAGAAAUAAAAACAAAACAAUCAGCAUGGAGAGUUCACUAAAGGGAAGAGUAAAAAACACUAGGUGGCCACGUUCUUAGGUACACCUUUAUAAUAUAAUGCAAUCAAGUACAUCAGCCCUGUUAUUCAUUUUACCUUUAAACUUUUAUUGUUAAUCUGUUGAUGCCGUCAAAGGUUAAGUUAUACGGAGCUCGAUAUAUUACAGUCCAUAAUACACCAACACCUCGACAAUGAGCAUAUAGUUUAAUUAACAGGGUUGCAUUAGUGACACAGCUGUUGUCUUCUUAGUACUGAGUGUAUAUCUUUAAAUAAUUUGGGUAAACUGACCCUUAAAGGUCCAGCUGGGACUUGUGACUAAUCAGCUCUUGUAGGGUUCUUUAGCGGAGACGUUUGUGUCCAGUUGCCUUUGGUUGCUCUGACGUAACACCUUUUGUGUUUGGGGGGAAAAAAGCACAUUAUUUUAACUCUUGUUGUCAUAUUCUGUUUUGUUGGAAGAAAAGCAGCAUUUAAGUAGUCGUAUAACACUCCCGUGUUUACUAACCUGGUGAUGCGUAGCUUUCUAAACAUACGGUCACAUUACACUUGCUGAGAAUAUUUGCUCCGUCUCUUAUUCACAAGUGAAGUCCAAACCACAGAUUAAGCCGGCCAAUAAGAAACACCGAUGCAGUGUGUCAUCACUGAACACAAGACUAAUGUGACCGUACGGUUGCAGAGCAUUUUAAAGUGAAGAGGUCGGCGCAUGUCGGCGUCUGACCCACCAGGGCAAAGGCUUCUGGGUAACAGAGAGACGGGCCGAGCUUCAUGCUGCUGCUGCUCCACUGGGUUUUUGUGCCAAAAGUGGCUUGUUGUGCGUUCGUCCAUGUGCCUAAAUGUUAUGGUAAGACUGGAGGGGUGUGUGUGUGUGUGUGUGUGUGUGUGUGUGUUGAUAAAACUCGUUUUGUUACAGUCUGCGUUCACAGCUGAGAUCGGAGACUAAGCCAUGUGGGUUAGUCUCAGUCUUAGAGCGGCUGUGGACGCGACCGUGAACUCUCAGUACCUCGAACUCCUGACGACUCGAAAACCGAAGCUCCACAGGGUCGUCUGAUGUUUGCAAAAUGAUGCGUUCAGGAGCGCUGGGAGGUUUCUGAAGACGGGACGGUGAUGUCAUCAGGAGUCGGUGACUAGCAACCCGUUUUUAACUUCUUUGUCACCACCAGCAGAUGUUGAGUGUUGUAAUUUUAACACUCCAGUCCAGAUGUUGCUCAUGGUCGGAUUGUUUCUCCUGGUGACGUCAUCGUCCUCUGAACCAGCAGCGCUCACGGAGGCUUCAGAUAAACUGGUAACACUUGAUUUCAGCUCCUGUUUACAGCGUCCGCUCUCCGCCCUCCACCGCCUCAGUCAGCCAAUCAAAACGCCUGAAAACAAAAAUCACACUACAAGACAGAAAACCCUUCACAGUCCAUCUUGAUGAUGGUGAACGGCGGCGUCCAUCACUGAGACGUGAGACGUCCACCCGGUCAUCAGUUCUGUUAAUCAGAACUUCUGACCUUUUAACCAAUUGCGUCGCCCGCCUUUUUUUUUUUUUUUGGCCCGAAACCUUCAUUGCCUGUGAGGCGGAGGAGCUGGAAGGCUGGAGAGUGGACCGCAGUGACCUGAACCAACCACUGAUCGUUAUGUUGAACUGAAGACGCAACAGGCAGCAUGACGGGGAAGCAGAGGCUCAUGGAAGGACGACCUGAUGUUACUAUGGCUUUGAUUUAAUUUGUUUUAUACCUUCUAAACAUUGUGACAAAUAUACAAACUUAACGCAAAAAUCAUCUGAUCACAAAAUGCUGCAACUGGACAGAUUAUUUUCCUAAUCUUGUCGGUGUGAUCGUGAAAAGCAGCCUCAGUUUGUCUCAUCAUAUUGCGUUUAUGAGGGUUCAUGUUGUCAGACGGCUGAAGUCAGUUGUGUGACUGCUGUGUUGAUGAAAAUAGCAAUUUAACCAUUAUUUAACCAUUCAUUUAGCGUUCAGGUAUCUUGAACGACCAACUUUGGCGUCCAUCUUUAUUUGCUUUUUCAGGUACUUCCAAAUGAUUUAGUCGGAUAUAUUGGAGCUUUGAGAGAAAAAAACCUGUAAUUACGAUAACGCGUCCAUCAAGUCUUUGCAGGUGUUGAGUGUAAUAAUCUGACGUACCUUCACACACAUCGCUUUCUAAAUAUGCAUGACAAUGUUUGGACCACAAACGUUCCUCCGUAGAUUAAAACGUGUAGAAUAAAAACACGCGGUAACUUUACCUGAAAGAUAAAUUCCGGGUCAAUAAACAUGAUACUUUUCCGUUAAUCUGGAUAUAAAUAUUCAGUUUUUUUCUUAUUUUUUUUUUUUUCUCAAAUUGAAAUCUUAUUUCUUUAUCCAGAGAAAAACGAAACCUCUCUAGUUCAAGCUACACUUCCUCCAUCAGCAGAUUGAGUUUUAUAGUUAAACUUUAACGUGAACAUGGAGAAGUCCUAGAGGAGUAAAUUCAGGACUGUGUCACAUGUUCACAAACUCCACUGACAUCGUGCAGAAGACUGAAUAUAAUUUUUCAAGGAUUCUGGAAAAUCUCUUAAAAUGUAUUUAAGUGUCAUUAAAAUGUGUUGUUGGGUUCAGAUUAUCAGAUAUAAUUAACGAUAAUACUAACAGACACAAACUGGGGCUGACAAAUCAUUUCCUUUAAGAUUAUGUUCCAGUAAUCGGGAGAAAACAAACUGUCCUCACUGAGGCGGAGCUCCGACAGCUGAGCUGCCGUGUGGUUGGUCGGUUGCCUCUGCCUCCGCCUGCUGCCUGAGCGUCGGCCUGCAGAAACAUCACAGCACUGUGAUGCUACAGACUUAUCAUAACUGUGUGUGUAAAUAUCCGAGAGGAGAGAACUAUUUGAAAAUACAAAAAGGCGACGCUGCUGUCCUGCAUUUUGUAUUUAAAUUAUUUAUUUUUGUAGAUUUUGACCAGUGAGCUCUGCUGUUACAACCGUCACGGCUGAGCUCUUUCUAUUGAAUAAAGAUUUCUAAGGGACUAAA